AUGCCGGCGCGUACAGUAUUGCGGCCUAUCCCGCUUGCGCGUGACCACCCGGCGGGAUGGAAAGCGAUGUAUCGCGAGAAUAAGGCGAAAGGUAAUGAGGUAAAGGCUGCCAUAGAGCAAGUGGAGGCACAGAGGUUGGACUUUUUGCUCAAACGGGAGCUCUCACUGAGGGAUACAAGUCCGAUUCCUUCGUCGACACCAAGAGGAAGUAAAGUGAUGUUACUCCCGCCGCUCGAGCAUCCACCGGAGGCAGUCGUGGAGAAGGAAGCUGAAGUAGAGGAGCCAAGGAACAACAAGCCGUUGAGAGAGUACUCUAAUUACAGAAGUACUGUUGAUGAGAAGGACAUCGUGGUGAACAAGACGGAGAGAGACGAUUAUGUCGAUAAAACUUCAUCUUCGAGUGCUGCUCGUCACGAAGCAGGAGUAGCUGCCGGCACUGACAUUUUCCAACGAGCUAUGGAGGGGAUUCCCGAUGGUUGCGGUCGGGGCGCUUUCGGCAAGUGUAAAACUUUCAUCACGCAACCUCGAUCAAGGGCUGCUUCUUCGUGUGCGUCGUCUUGCAGUAGUAGCGCAGCAGGUAGCAAAGCUGUCUCACCUAUAGAGGCCGUGGGAUCCGAGCAGCUGAAAAGCACGGUUUCUUCCAAGCACAGCAGCAGAGCAUUUACUAAGGGUGCUUCUUCGUAUACAAGUAGUAGUUCAUGUACUUCAAUCGCCUCGUCGCCUGGCGAAAAGAGCGUAGCUGCCGGAACGAUACUGCAGCAGUGUUUGGACAGAAACUCCCGAGGGAUGCAAAACCGCGCGAAUGAUAGCCGCUCCGUGUCUUGCCCGUCGGUCGUAGUACCACGAGGAAUGGGAAGAUCAAUCUUAGACGGAGAACGAAGGCCUGGCACGCUUGUGGCGCGGCGUGGGAGUCUCCCUCUCGUGGACGGUUGUCUUCCAGAGAAUAACACAAAUAGGUUAGGUUGUAGCACUGCAAUAAGGGGUGGAACAAAAACAAGGUUGAGGUGUCAACAAGAAGUAGACCAGCAGUCUGCUUCUAAUAGUCUAGGAAAUUGGCGAAAGACACCGCCAGCGAAUGAAACGUGGUCGGCAACUCCGAGAAAAAGGUCGAAUCUUGGCUGUGAGGACGCAAGGACGAAAGUGGUACAAGUUGGUUACAACGGACAGCAAAGUCAAUGGAGUGUCCUAGUAGCGUUGCCACCGCUGCAGAAGUCUAAGGACAACAGUCAGCACAAGGCCGGAAGAAAAUUUCCGGAGGGCAAGCAACAGAGCAGGAGUACUAGAUAUGAUGUGCUUUUUGCAGUAUAGAAGCGUUAUCUUUAUUUCCACUGCUGCAAGCAUGCCUGAUGAUAUCGUUCGUAGUUUUGAUAUCACAGUGUAAAUAUUGGCUUUUUCGCUAUACAGAUCUCGUUUCGGUUGUUUUCUUUCAACUUCAGGAACAAGGAGUUUCUAGUAAUUUAUCUAAUCGUAUUCUUUCAACUUCAAGUAGAGCAUAAGGACCUUACCAUCUUGAUUUCAAUUCACAGGACCAGUGUCGCAUCGGGGCUAUUCUGCACGCGCACAAAAACCUGGUGUUAACGGCCUACCUUUGCUGCCGACUAUUCUGUCGCAAUCUCCGGGACCAAGUUUGCGAGGAAAAGGCGAUGAGAUGAUAGCAACAAAAGCGUAUGUGCUUACAGAACCGAGCAACGGGUCUGCAGAAAACAACGACGUUGACAGUUAUUCGAGUUCGUUCCUAACGAACAAAACGUCAUCUUGCACAACUAACGGCAUUUUUCCCUGCGAGCAAGAUCAAGAAGAAGAAGAAGAAAGUGCAGCAAGUCCGUCAACCGCAGCAGGGGAGGGAUAUUCUACAGAUUUUCCGAGUUCUUCGUCCGACGAAGAAAGCUGGCAAGCUGCCAUGGUCGACGAAGCGAUCGAAGCUCACCCAUCUCUCCUGUCUACAGGCAUGGACGCAAUUCUUGCCCACCGAGGCCGCGCGUCUUUCAACGAAGCUGUAGCGAAGUUCUUCCUCCAAGGUGACCAGGCGGAAGAAGUUCACGGGGAGAUAUUGGUUUGAAAAUGAAAAAAUUACGCUCUCGUUAGCUUUGACAAGCAUACCAUGCUAACUGUAACUGGUGCUGACAUGGAUGAACAGUUCGUUGAAGAUUUCUUCUCUACCUUCACCACGCGUGAUGGAAUACAACAUUGCAUUUGACUUGGAGAAUAGUAUCCGAAGCUGUAUUCCGCAGAUUUUUGAUUUUGACAUAGUUUUUAUUUGUAGGUACAUAUCUUGUGAUUCGGAUGCUGCUCGCAGAUUGAUAGAGAAGCGAUACAUAUUUUGGAUUUGGAAAUGAAAAAUGGAAACCCGUCACGACCUGACCAAAUUUUGAACCUCAAAGCAUAACUGUACAGAAAUUUUUUGCAUGAUUCUCGAUCCCCUGACAUAUACUACGAUUGGAAUUUUCUAGUGUGCUGAUGAUGGAGCGGUCGCGUUAUGUGCAUGAGCUCGAGCAUCGUCCUUACUUGUAAGAGACGGGAAGAAUGACACAGUAAAUGCGGUUGCAACAAGCAGUAACUUAAGCACAAAAUGAAAACCUAGAACUGGCCGCUUCAAUUUUCUCGAACCAUCGAAUCGAGAGCCG